GACACGGAUCUGAACUGUAUCUCCAAAAUGAGUCAAUCAUACGUAUUCACUUUGAUGCUCAUCAUUCCUUUAAUUUUUUCACAGUCAGUGAGAGGGAAGGACUGUGUGUGUGAGCUACAAAAUUCUGAUCCUGCUUUCCCUGAGAAUAAACUCAGUAAUGUUGAGUUCACUGCUAUACAAUGCACUAGGAACAUCACUUUAGAAAAGAUGACAGAGAUUGACAGGUUGGUGUUGGGUCUACAACACCGUAUCCGGCAGCUUCUGGACAAUGUUUCCAUGCUGGAAAGAGAAGACAAUGGAAAUCUGUAUGCAGCCGUGUCUCUACGCAUUAUUGAAUUAGAGUUAGCUGAGAUUCAAGACCUUCUAGACAAACUCAACAGAACCACCAACAAUUACCAACAGCUCAGUGUACAAGCUGCUGCAGAGUUUCAGGACAUGACUGACACAAUGACAGAGCUGGAGAAGUUUGAUCACGUGCAGGUGAUGGUGAAACAGCGUGAGAACAAGCUCAUUAAGAGGGAUCUGGAACGGUGCAAAGAAGAGCUCAACAGCACAUCACCAGCCCCUACACUUUCCCCAGGUCACUGUGGUCUGGGCCAUGUGGUCAGUGCAUCGGGACCUAAAAUGUAUUCCCUCACAGAGUACGGAACGUCCUACCAUUAUGGUGCUUGGGGUCGAGAUGCAAAUCCUGCUCCAGGAGAUGAGAACAAGUACUGGCUGGUGGUGCUGACAAGUAGUAAUGCAUAUGGCAACUUCAUCCGCCAGUAUAGUAGUUUGAGUUCUAUAAUAUUAGGUAUAGCACCAACAGAUACAUAUAUAUCAAGCUCCAACCCCACAACAAACACAAUUCAGGGGUCAAACAUGGUCAUGUACGCCAAUUCGCUCUACUAUAACUGUUACUAUUCACACUCUGUCUGUCAGUUCAACUUGACAACUCAAUCUAUCAGUACUGUGGAUUUACCUAGUGAUACAGGUUACAAUAGCAAGUUUCCAUUCGCACACCUCGGCACAACAUACAGCUAUACUGACAUGGAUUUUGCCACGGAUGAAUCAGGCGUCUAUGUUAUAUAUGCAACCACAAGCAACUUUGGAAAUGUGGUUAUCAGUAAAAUCCAGACUAGUAACCCGCCAGUUGUAGGCCAAACUUGGAAAACCUCUUUGUACAAAACGACUUCCACAAACACUUUCAUGGUGUGCGGUGUGCUUUAUGCUACUCGUUACCUGGAUAAAGAAAGAGAAGAGAUCUUUUACUCUUAUGACACCAUAACAAACAAAGAGCGCUUUGAUUUGAAAAUUAUUAUCAAGAAGAUGCAGACUAAUAUUGAGUAUCUUAACUAUGACCCCAGGGAUCAUUUGCUGUAUGUCUACAGUGAUGCCUACAUUCUAACUUAUGAUCUCAUCUUUCAGUAAGUCUCCAAUGACUUGAUUUGAGACAAGGGAUAUUGGUUGAAUCCUAUUUCAUAUAGUGUCUGCACUGCAUAGUAUGCAAAAUUAGAAUUGGUGCAUCACAAAUGAUUGUAUGUUGAAGAAAGUAUCCCAAAGGUACCAAGGUUUUAAAGGAGUAGUUCACUUCCAAAACAAAAAUGUACAGAUAAUGUACUCACCCCGUUGUCAUCCAAGAUGUUCAUGCCUUUCUUUUUUCAGUCGUAAAGAAAUUAUGUUUUUUGAAGAAAACAUUUAAGGAACUAACUCCAUAUAGUGGACUUUAAUGGUGCCUGCAAGUUUAAAUGUCCAAAUUGCAGUUUAAAUGCAGCUUCAAAGGGCUCUAAACAAUCCCAGCCAAGGAAUAAGGGUCUUAUCUAGCAAAACGAUCUGUCAUUUUCUGAAAAAAAAAAAAAUAUAAUAAUAAUAAUAAAAAUGUAUAUACUUUUUAACCUCAAAUGCACGUCUUGUCUAGCUCUGCCAUGCACAUACAUACUCUGUGUAAUCUGAGUCAAUACAGUUAGGGUAGGUCGAAAAACUCCCAUCUAAUUUUCUCCUCCAACUUUAAAAAUCGUCCAGCAUUUUAAAAAGAAAGAAAGGCAUGAACAUUUUGGAUGACAAUGAGGUAAGUAGAUUAUUUGUAAAUUUUUGUUCUGGAAGUGAACUACUCCUUUAAGAUUUGCAAAAUGCAGAAGCUUACAUGCAAAAACAGAACAAUUUUUUGAUAUUAUGUCCAAUUACAAGUUUCCUAUCUUACAGUAAUUUCAAAGUAUGACUUAACAUAUUUUAAAUACCAAAACUGUUCGUUUUGUGUGGGCAAAGCAUGUGUUUAUAUGUAUUACACAUUUUGGUUAAUGAAAUGAAAUCUGAGUGAAAUUAAAUAUUAGUGUUGGAUAACCUAACACAGAUACAGAAAAUGCUUACAUUAUGUCUGAUUUAAAUAUACACAUGCAGAUUUUAAAUAUUAAAUACACACACAAACAUAGGUCAUGUAAUAGUGAUAAGUUUUCACAUAUUAACCUUAUUUUACUGCAAUUCACAAAUAACAUAGGGAAAAAUCACGUAUAUUUUCAUUGCAUUAAAUUGUGUUGAAUUGUGUCCUGACACUGCUUUCUGUUGUUUGUAUGCAACGCUGUCAUUUCAAUUAAAAGUUGUCUUACCUGUGAAGGUGGUCAAAUGA